UGACCAUCAUCAACCCAAUCGUUGCCGCUCUGACUCGGAUGUGUGCAGUGUUUAUAUUUCGUCCUGAAUAACUACGGAUUAAUAAGCGUUCAGCUUCAGCCAUGUAUAGCCAUCCCCCAAGGACUCGCGGAUGCCAUAGUGUGCGUCCUUAGCAACGACCGUCGCAGUCUUUGCGCACUUUUUACCCGUAUCAUGCUCCCUACGUUCUCAAGCGAGAGUCCAUUUUUUCCGUAUUGUCCACCUUAAGAAAGAACUUUCUUUAACCUGUGUGCGAUGUCACCGGAUAUUCCACAUCUGGUGAAGGAUCUAUUUGUGGCCCUACCCUUCACUAUGGAACACAGAUACGGUCUUGAUCGACUCCUAGAGUGUUAUCCUCUUCCGAAUGUCCGAAGACUCACCAUAGAACAUCGGAUUCAGUGCUUCAGCAUCAAAAACGACGUUCCCAGCGCCUUGUUAUCGUAUCCUCUCAGCUCACUGACGCUCAACAUUCAAUUGUACCGGUAUGAGGACCUGUAUGAGCUUCUGAUGUGUUAUCCAACUCUCAAACAUCCUGACACUUCUUUCGCCGAUGUUUUGGAUAUGAAUCAAUGGUACCCAAGGAAACCUGACGCGGAUUUGCUGGAAAUAACGCAGCGGUUCAUCUGCAAUGCGUUCCCUCGUUUACAUUUGACGAAUAGGUUGGAGGUCCAUUGCAAGGUGUUAUAAUAUUCAUUCGAUGAAGUGAUGCACUUGACGGGCUAGAUAUAAAG